GCUCUGAGUGGGUGGGCUGAUAUUCCGCUUGCAGUGGCUGUGGCAGUUACUGGGGAAUACAGGGAAACCUAUGUGGUGUGCUUCGGAAGAAAGUUGAACCUGGCCGGACAUUUGUGACAAAGGCCUGCAAUGAACAGGAUACGAAUCCACGUUUUGCCUUCGAGUCGAAACCGAGUGACCCAGACACCGCGUUCUCAGGAGCACCAGGCAUGCUCCUUUACCCAGCGACCAUGCUCUCAGCCCCGUCUUGAUGGCCUGGAGUUCUGCAUCAAACACAUUUUGGAGGAUAAGAAUGCUCCCUACAAGCAGUGCAGCUAUGUCUCUGCCAAGAACGGCAAGCGCUGCCCGAAUGCUGCACCAAAAGUUGAGAGGAAAGAUGGAGUGACGUUCUGUGCAGAGCAUGCUCGCAGGAAUGCCAUGGCCCUCCGAGCUCAGAUGAGAAAGGCGUCUUCCGGUCCAUCCCCAGAGUCACUGUUGUCCCAGCUUAGUGGAUACAACCGGGCAGAGACUCGCAGCAAUGACGCAGGUCGCUCUGAAGCUAGCCGUAUUCUAGAUGAAGACAGUCUGAGCGAGGAGGAGCAGGGUCCUUUGGUUCUUGACCAAACAUGGAGAGGUGACCCUGACAGUGAGGCAGACAGCGCUGACAGUGAUCACGAGGAUCCUCUGAAACAUGCAGGGGUGUACACAGCAGAGGAAGUGGCACUCAUCACCCGAGAAAAACUCAUCAGGCUCCAGUCCCUCUACAUCGACCAGUUCAAACGUCUGCAGCACCUGCUUAAAGAGAAAAAGCGCAGAUACCUGCACAACCGCAAAGUGGAGCACGAAACUCUCGGGAGCAGUCUGCUGACAGGGCCGGAAGGUCUGUCAAUCAAGGAGAGGGAGAACCUGAAGAAGCUCAAAGCGCUGCGCCGAUACCGUCGUCGGUACGGUGUUGAAGCCCUGCUGCACCGGCAGCUUAGGGAGAGGAGGCAGGCUGUGACAGAAGGAGCAUCUCAGCAACUCUCAAGAACUGUGCACGAGAAGUGCAUCUCCUUUGAGGAGGGAACCCGAUGUACCAACCCCUGCCUGCCCAUGACCCGUCACUGCGUCUCACACAUCUUCCAAGACAGCAAUCAGGUGCUUUUCAAAAUGUGCCCAGGCCUGAAAGAUGUCCCAUGUGAACGCAGCGUGCACAUGGGACAGUCCGAUGAUCCUCGCUGCCCGCUUCACCUCACCCUGCCUCUCCCGAUGUACCAGCCUGAGCAGGAACCUCCACCACAGGAGCAGAUCACCACUGCAACCAGAGACAUGUAUCUGAGUGCGGCAGAGCUUCAGCCCACAGAGAGCCUUCCCCUAGAGUUCAGUGAUGACCUGGAUGUGGAAGGGGACGGUAUGCAGGGCCCUCCUUCCCCCCUACAGUUUGACACGGCCCUGGCCCUGGAGGACCAGACCAUCAGAGCCAUCGCUGAGGGCCCGAUGGACAUCCUGACCGGAGAAGACCCAGACCAGGUGGACCUGGACGCCUCGGGACAGGAGCUCUCGGAAAGAGAUGUGGAUGCCAUCAUGCAUGAUCAGGUUAACUCUCAAUCAGGGGCCUCUUGAAUAUUUCUUUUGAAUGAUUGUGCCCAUACGCUGUUCAUUGUAUGUAAUGUAUGGGUCUAAUAAAAUAUUGGUCACAAUCUUUGUCAGUA